GUCCUUCUUUGGCCUCGUCAGCUUUCCCUCUUUGUGGCCUAUUCGACUUCUUAACCGACCUUUCCUGGCUGGACUUGUGUCUUGAGCACACCUGUUUCCUCUCGCUAAGCCCACCUGGUGUGGUAAUACGGACCUGUAGAUUUCUUCUCUCCUUUUUUUUUUUUUUUACCCUUCCUUUUCUUCUCCGCGGAGUCUAGAAGGAUGCCGUCUUUGGCGAAUGUUGUCUUGCUUUUGAGCCUGCUAGCCCUAGCCUCUGCGUCCCCAGCGACCAUCCGGAAACGAGGCGUGUACAAAGUCGAGAGAACUAUAAACCCGAACUAUAGCGGCCGCAAUGGUCCGAGAGCUCUGCUCAAAACCCUCCGAAAGUACCGCAUGCCGGUGCCAGCCUCACUUACCGAUGCAGCCCAGCGACAGAACGAUAUGAUCACGAAGCGGCAGCCGCGCGGGAAGGGACAUGGGCGUCAUGGCGCCGGCUCAAAUUCUACUACGGUUGGGGCCCUGACGAAUGGCACCGGCCUCGUGUCCGCGACCCCCGAGGCCAACGACGUCGAGUACUUGUCUCCUGUGAAAAUCGGUGGUCAGACUGUUAAUCUCGACUUCGACUCUGGGUCGUCUGACCUGUGGGUUUUCAACUCGCUGCUCAGCGAAGCAGCAACUACGGGCCAUCAGAUAUUCGAUGCAAACAAGUCCAAUACGUUCUCUCGUAUUCAGGGUGCCUCCUUCGAAAUAUCCUACGGCGACGGCUCGGGGGCGGCUGGAAUCGUCGGCACCGACACCGUGGACGUUGGAGGUGCUACGGUCACCAAGCAAGCCGUAGAGCUGGCCACCGCAGUUUCUCGGUCGUUCGUCGAGGACAGUGCCAACGAUGGUCUGCUGGGCCUCGCGUUUAGCCAGCUGAAUACCGUACAGCCAACAUCUCAGAAGACAUUCUUCGACAAUAUCAUGACAUCCUUAGCCGAGCCCCUGUUCACCGCCGAUCUUCGCCCCCAAGCAACAGGUGCUUAUGAAUUCGGUCGAGUAGACACGACCAAGUUCAGUGGCGAGUUGACUUGGGUCCCCGUCAAUACGACGGAUGGCUUCUGGCAAUUUCCGAGCGAGAAGUUCGCUAUCGAUGGCGGCAACCCACAGACCUCUACGGCCGGAGCGCAGGCGAUUGCCGACACCGGCACGACUCUGAUAUUGGCCGAUCCUGCAGUAGCACAAGCAUAUUAUGCUCAAGUCGACGGCGCGCAGGAGGACCAGCAGCAGGGAGGCUUCACGUUUCCCUGCAACACAGAGCUACCUGACCUUCAGUUGGACAUUGGCGGAACCAUGGCAACUGUCAAAGGUGACUUGAUCAACUUCGCUCAAGUUGAUGCUCAGAAUUGCUUUGGUGGCCUUCAAUCCACACCAGUUGGCUUGCAGGUGUAUGGCGACAUCUUCUUCAAGAGCAAUUUCGUCGUCUUUAACGGCGGUAACGCGUCACUCGGCUUUGCGCAGCACAUUUAAACACGCCCAUCAUCUGUACUUAUAGAUAUACCAUUACCGCACGGUCCACCGGUAUGGAUUGUAUAUAUAGUCUCGGGGGUUUCAGUCCUCGAGACGCAAACUUGCAAGCAUGGGUGGACCCGGCUGAAUGGACCACGGGACUCAUCCAAACUAUAAUGAAUGACAUCUAUACAGCCGUCUAGUAGUAGGGUGGCGCCUAUAAUUUUGAUUUCGC